AUGGCAGUGGAGGGUGGGAGCACGGCGCCGGCGUUGCCGCUGCCACCGCGCCUCUCGGCCUCGUCGCCCCCCACCGUCGGGACGCUCCUCACCAGGGCCUCCGCGGCUGGCGCGCCCCGCGCCCGCGAGUGCUCCUCGCCGCGGUCGCUGCUGUCGCGCAUCCUCCACAGGGGCCGCGGCGGCGGCGGCAGCGGGUUCGGGUGCCGCCUGCGCCUCCUCCCGCGGUACUGCACCAGCGGCGCGGCGGCCAAGGAGCACGUCGCCACCGCGAGGGAGGAUGUAAGGGAGGAACCGAGGGAGGCGGCGGCCCUGCCCAAUGUGGUGAGAGGCCAGCCGGCGCCUCGCGAGUCCCCUCGGAAUUCUCUUGGGAAGAAGGCCACGAUGGCGGAGGAGCAUGCGCUGCCAGCGAGCCUGGGGCUGGGCGCGAGCCUGGUGCUGCUGCUGUCCAAGAGCGCCGCGGAGCUGAGCAGGAUGGCCGAGCUGCGCGCCCAGAUGGAGCGGCUCAUGCUGGACGUCAGGGCCGACGUGCGGAGCUGCAACGGCCGCCCCAGCGGGUCCGAUGGUCACACCGACAGCGCCAGUGUCGUCAAGGGGCCCUUUAUCCGCGCCGGCGACGAGGACGGCGCCUUGUCCCUGUCCGAUUGUUCGCGCACGGCCGCCCCGGCGAGCCGCGGGACGAGCGAGAACGCAGGGCGCCGCGACAUGGACCGGAUGGAAGCUGAGCUUGAGGCGGAGCUGUCGCGCUUGCAGCAAGCAUCGGACGAUGAGGAACGCGCGAGUCCUCGGCGCGAUCGUGAACUCGAGACGAAGGCCAAGAGCAGUGCCUCUUCGAGGAGCCGGUCGGCGAUCUGCUCCGACUCCGACAAUGAUGGUGUCAACGACGACGGAGAGACGAACAGCGACAGAGACAGCGACGGAAACCAAGGCAACGGCAACGAAGAAGAGGAGGAGGAGUCCGAGCGCGACGCUGAGAGUAACGGGAAGAGCCCGCCUCACGGCGGCGUGUCGGCCCGCGAGCUGGAGCGGAGGCUGCACGAGCUCCUGCAGUCGCGGCACGAGGCGCGGAUCGCGGAGCUGGAGUCGGCGCUGGAGCGCGCGCGGAGGAAGCUCCGGGAGACGGAGCGCGAGGCGUGCCGGUGGCGCGACACCGCCAAGCUCGCCACCCGCUUCACGGACGAGUCGCGGCUCAGGUAG